AUGGCUGCAAUGAUCCAGUCCUUUUGGGCUGUUCUGGGCCUGCUCGUGUCGGCCAAUGCUUGCACCAUCAUCGCCGUUGGCCGUGCUGCCAGCGCAUCGGGGGCACCGAUGAUAGGCCAUUCAGAUGAUGCUGGCAGCUCCACCAACGAUAUCCGCCUGAUUCGUGUGCCACGCCAGCGAUGGCCAGAGGGCAGUAAGCGACCAGUUUACUUUUGGCAAAUUGGCUACCCACGCCUUGUGAGCUCGGAGCGAUCUCCAGAGUAUGCAGCGGUUGGUGAUCAGAAGGACACUCAUCCUUUGGGAUUUGUUCCGCAGGUUCCCGAAACAUGGGCGUACUGGGACACGAACUACGGUGUGCAAAAUGAGUGGGGCCUUUCAAUCGGAGAGAGCACCAGCUCCGCUCGAACUGUUGGUUGGCCUGCAAGCAAACCACAAG